AUGUACUCCGGCAAAGAUGCCGCAAAUACUGCUUAUCCCACGCAGUGGGCACUUAAUCCCACUGCAUAUCAAAAUAUAGAUUCUAGUCAAGUUGAUUGGGCAGCUUUAGCACAACAAUGGAUUGCAAUGAAGGAGGCCGCAGCGAUUGUGGCUGUGCCGCCUGCGCCACCUGCCAAGCCCGAAGAAGAAGGCGAAGCGCCGAUGGAGGUUGAAAAUCCAGACACUAACUCUGAUGGGCCGAUACCUCCGGGUGCGGAGUGGAACUCAUCUACAAACUCUUGGGGCGGAUGGAAUAAUCAAUGGGGUUGGGCUUGGUCGGGCUCUGGGCCUACAGAUUCCAAAAUAACACCAGACUCAGCUUUAGGUAUAUCACCAUUGCUUGAGGGAUAUGUGCCACCAGAAGGAGCGGCUUCAAUGCCAGGUUACACGACUGGUACGCCAGCACCGACGUUUCAGCAUGGGUACUGGACAGCACCGCAAGCGGAGCAAGCCAAUAGCCGUAGCAGCAGCUUAAGUAGAGACCGACGAUCUAAGAGCAAAAACAGAGAACAUAAACCCAGAAAUUCCAGAUCCCAAAGAGAAAAAGCGCCAGUGAUACCAGCGGUGAUAGAACCAUUAGUAAUGCCAACAGCGAUUCCAAGUGCUACUAUUGACGCAGCUAAGCGAAGACAGCUUCCAGCGUGGAUUAGAGAAGGUUUAGAAAAAAUGGAACGUGAAAAGCAGAAGGCGAUAGAGCGGGAACAAGAGAAGAGAGCAAGGGAAGUAGCAGAGAAAGAAAAGAAAAGGCUGGAAGAAGAGGAAUUAGAAAGAAUGAAAGCAGAGGCCAGCGGCCAACCUGUUCUUCCACCUAAGAGCAAAUUUGAAUCAGAUUCAGAAGGAGAAGAAGGCCAAGAAGAAGAGAAGGAAAACACGACCCUAUCAAGUCCAGUGAAACAGGAACAGGAGGAAGAAUCAAUAAAGGUAAAGCAAGAGAGGGAGGAAUUGCCCCCACUCGUGAAGAGGAGUAAAGAGGAGAUUAUGCAAGAAGUGAUGCUUGCAGUACGACGAUCGCUCACGGAAAUCCUACUAGAGGUGACCGACCAGGAGAUCCAAACGGUGAGCCAGGAAGAAUUGGCCCGAUAUACCGCCUUACAAGCAUCGCGUCUCAACGCUAUGAAGGCGAGCAAGUCCAAGGCACUCGCUGCUAUCGCCAGUGGGCUCGGGCUGGGAGCGUACGAGAGCAGUAGCGAUGAGAGCGGAGAUGAAGAUGAGCAGAAUGACCUCUCCGACCAUCAGCUGCAGGAGAUAAUCAAACGCAAACGGUUAGACUUCGAGCGUACAUCGCGGGAGAUAGAGGCGGAGGUGCGGCGCGCAGAGGCGAGAGAAAACGAAGAACAGCCCAUGACUCCCACACAUGCCACCCCAGAGCGGCCAAACCGAUCACGUUCCUCUGCAACGCCGCCACCAGUGGAAAGUGAAACGCCGACGAAGGUACCUGCACGUCGUAUUUCGAAAGAUAGGCGUAAUAGUUAUAAAACUGUAGAUAAAGUAGACGGGGUUAGAAAAUUAGAAUCUAUCUCUGAGGAGAAAACGAGAAAAUCGAAUAAAAGACAUCACACCCCCAGUCCAAAUUUAAAGUCGAGCAAAACCAACAAUAAAGAGAGCUCGACGACGUCCUCCGACUCCGAGGAAGAUUCCUCGUCUAGCUCGAGCGAACGGUCGUCGGAAACGGAUCCGGAGAUCGAGUCGGAAACCAAAGCGAAAAAACGGAGACGCAGAAAUUCCAGCUCCAGCGGUUCCCGUAAAAAAUCCAAAAGAGUCAAACACAAAAAAGAGAAGUCGUCACGGGCGGACGAGAAACGAUACUCCAAGUCUAAGUACUACGACGAGUACGAGAGAUCCGAGAAAUCCAGAUCGAAGAGGAAGGACGACCACUACGAUAAACACAAAUCUUCCAAGAGCAGGGACUACGACCGGCACAAGGACAGGUACCGGGAGUCGUCGGAGGAGCUGCGGACGCGCUCGUCGUCGCGCCGCCCGCGCCGCGACAGGCACGACAGGCACGAUAGGUUACCGCUGCCACAGAUGGAAACAACGAUUGAGCCGCGCAUCAUAUGUAAAUAUUAG